AGAUGUGUAGUCUAGACCUCCUACCUCCUCAACAGAUGUGUAGUCUAGACCUCCUAUAGCUCCUCAGAUGUUUAGUCGAGACCUCCUACCUCCUAUAACUCCUCAGAUGUUUAGUCGAGACCUCCUACCUCCUAAACAGAUGUUUAGUCGAGACCUCCUACCUCCUAUAACUCCUCAAUAGAUGUGUAGUCUAGACCUCCUAUAGCUCCUCAACAGAUGUGGUCUAGACCUCCUUCGUCCUAUAGCUCCUCAACAGAUGAGUAGUCUAGACCUCCUACCUCCUCAACAGUAGAUGCUACUGCUGUUUUCAUGCCACAGCAGCCCUGUGCGUGUUCCCGCUCCGUCGAGCACGCCCCCGCCCAGUAGGAGCGUGCACAUCGUGUGCGCGCAGGACCCUUCCCUAGACUACAAGACAGUACCAAACCCAGCCUGGAGCCUGACGCAAGGUAGCGCACCCAGAGAACAGAGAGAGAGAGAGAAGAUGGACGGAGUGGGAUCGUUCGGAGCGGGCCUGGCGGGUGCUGCCUUCGACCCGGUUUCCUUCAUCAAGCAGCCGACCACCAUCCUCAGGGUCUUGUCCUGGGUAUUCUCCCUGGUGGUGUUUGCCUCUAUAGUGAACGAGGGCUAUGUGAACCUGGGUAGUGAACGUCUCCACUGUGUGUUCAAUAAGAACCCUGAUGCGUGUAACUACGGAGUGUUCUGUGGUCUGGUGGGCUUGUUGCUGUGCUCCUUCUUCUUCCUGUUGGAUGUGAAGUUUCAACAGAUCAGCUCUAUUAAGGACAGGAAGAAGGCUGUGAUGCUGGAGGUCGGGGUUUCAGGUUUCUGGACGUUCCUGUGGUUUGUGAGUUUCUGUUUCCUGGCCAAUCAGUGGUCUAGGACCGCACCUGAGGACCUGCCACUCAAUCAGGGGGCUGACGCAGCCAGGGCAUCUAUCGCCUUCUCAUUCUUCUCCAUCCUCACCUGGGCUGGUCUGACGGUGCGUGCAGUCCAGAAAUAUCUCCUGGGAACAGACAUGACCCUCUUCACCACCGACCAUCUGGACGGAGUCGCCCCUGUAACACCAUACCCCCCCACCACCACCGGGGGCACCAUCGAGCCCAGCGACAACUACCAGAGCCCCCCGUUCACAGAGGGGCUGGAAGCCCCUGCCCCCACAUACCAGGUCCCCAUAUACUAGUCCCUCCCUGUCCCCAUAUACUAGUCCCUCCCUGUCCCCAUCUCCCUGUCCCCACAUACCAGGUCCUCAUAUACUAGUCCCUCCCUGUCCCCAUAUACUAGUCCCUCCCUAGUCCCCACCUCCCUGUCCCCCUAGUCCCCACAUACCAGGUCCUAUCCACUAGAGAACAUAGUGCUGGAAGCGCUGAAGGGGACCUAGUUACAUGUACAGUCCCUCCAUGGUAAUGUUUUUAAGGGGAUGUUCUGUUCUUGGGUUCGGUGUUAUCUGCAUGUUCUGUAAGACUGACUAAGUGCCAAACUGUCUUGUGUGUCUGACAGUGACUGUAGAUAGUAACUUUCACCACUAUGAUGUUAACGUGACCAAGUGCAAUAUCUCCCUCCACCCAGUAGCCACUCUGCCGACCAGUCAUACACUAUUCCCUAUGUAGUGCAUUAAUGAUGGCCAGCUGAGCCUUUACCACCAGUGCACUUUGUAAGGUAAUAGUGGUUUCAGAUGCGCCCUAAACUAAUGUGUGCAAACAUCACAGAAGAUUCUGGCUGGUUUAUGUUUACAUUCUAGAAGUGGUUUGUUUACGUUCUAGAAGUGGUUUGAUUACAUUUAGAAGCUAUUUAUUUAUGUUCUAGAAGCUGUUUGUUUACAUUCUAGAAGCUGUUUGUUUACGUUCUAGAAUCUUUUUAUGUUUACGUUCUAGAAGCUGUUUGUUUACAUUCUAGAAUCCUUUUAUGUUUCUUUUCUAGAAGCUGUUGGUUUCAUUCUAGAAGCUGUUUGUUUACGUUCUAGAAGCUGUUUUUACGUUCUAGAAUCUUUUGGUUUCUUUUCUAGAAGCUAUUUGUCAUUCUGGAAGCUGCCAAACUGCCCUGCUAGUUGUCUUCCUUCACAGAGCAUCAGUCAGUCAGCUACCCAGAGAUAAACUAGACAUACCAUGAUGGCUCUUUAUUACUGUAUAUACCCUGGGUCUGGGUCUCUCUAAAUCUGCUCUGUGGAAUAUAACCGUGCCCAUUGUUACCAUGGUGACAACACACCCACACACACUCACUAGUGAACCUCACUGCCCAGUGUGUGUGUGUCUGGUGUGUGUCUGGUAUUUGUUGUUUCAGGUCUGAAGAAAAAGAAAGACAAGUAAAGCGUUCUUCUGUUGGUGGUGUUCCGGAACAGAGGUGUUCCGGAACAGUCUGUCUCACCAUCUUGUACAGUGUCUCUAGGUGAAGCCUAGACAUUACAUGUCACUGUCUGUAUUGACAGUCAUUUUACAUAUUAAAUUACAAUUCAAGAGGUUUUGUGUUUGUUGAUAUAACAGUCAACAGAUGAAUAUAAUGCUGAAUAUAACUGACCUCCAGAAAGCCUUGUCUGUGGUGCCAUCUGCUCCUUGUAUCACUAGCGGUGUAACAGCGCCCUCUAGCUGCCGAGGGACUCGAGCUUUUAAAGGCCCAAUCCUGCAGCUCUUUUUUUAUCUGAAUAUCAAAUCAUUUCUAACGAAUUAGUACAUUUCUGUUAUUCCUUUUGACCAUUUUAAUUGAAAACAAACGAAAAAAUAGCAAAGUGUAAUAUCUCAAGCAAGAAUUUUGCUAGGACUGUCGGAGUGGUGAGGGGGAAACUAGCUGUUAUUGGCAGAGAGAUUUCGAACUCUCUUAUUGGUCUAUUAACUAAUUAACCGCCGGGUGACGUCACCAGGCAGGCCAAAACUCCAUCCCACCAAAACAGACUGAAAUUUCAGACGGUCUUUUCAAACAGCUCUUCAACUAAAACGGCAUUAUGAAUUUCACAGUAUUAUUCCAACAUCAUAGCGUGGAAAUAUAUCAAACACAGGAACGUUUUUGACUGCCUGGGGCCUUUAAAAUACGUUUAAAAGUGAUGAAUGUAAUAUUGUGUGGGCAAAAUGUUCUGUUGAAUUCUGUGUAAUUGUGAAUUUAAAAGAGCCGUUUGUUUUGAUUUUAAAAUUCAUUUGAUCUGAAUUGAUAUGGAAAAACGUUGAUUUACCCCUAAAAAACCCUGAAAGGUUGAAUAAAUGGACUUACACAUAGGACCUACAGUAUAACGAACGGAGUUCUAUGUUCAGAUUAAGAGGAUGUUUCAGUAUGUAGAUCAGGGACGGGCAACUCAAGGAUGGCCAAUAUACAGCACCAGUCAAAAGGUUGGACACCGACUCAUUCCAGGGUUUUGAUUUAUUUGUAUCACUAUUUUCUACAUUGUAGAAUAAUAGUGAAGACAUCAAAACGAUUAAAUACUCCCUAUUAAUGUAGAAUGUCCUCUGGGUCUAAUAGACCUAUUAAGGAUUAAUCGUAUAACUUUUAAAAUGUAUUCCCUUUUAAAUGUGUUGUAAACACAACCAGUCAUGUUUUCAGCUUGCCAAACAAUCACUUCCCUAAAGGUGCUCCUGUUGGCUUGCCGCGCACGUUUGUCCACUGUGCGCCGGUCGUUUGAUGAAUGGAAAGAGAUCUGUUACAAAAUAAACGAGAAGUGUAAUGACAUUCAGUGAUUGUCAAUGGCAACCAUUAGGCUUGUAGUCUGAAUUGAUGCGUCCGCUGCUGUAAGAGCGCGUCGCAGUCUGUCUCUCUGCCUUGGUAGAAAUGUUGUCGGACGCAAUUUGGAGGGAAUACUGCCCGUUUUAAUGUCAAUUCUCUCAUUUUCAUGCAGCUGACAUGCGGUAAUGUUAAUCCUUAAGAGUUUGAGUUUAGUGCGUCAAUCUCACUAACAUAAUACAAAAAUCCCCAUCUAAACAUGUCAGUUUAAAGAUAGAGAUGGUUUGCCUGGGCUCAAUGCACCGCAUCCUCCUGUCGGGAUUCCGCAUCAGCGGGGGAAGGUGGCCGAGCUAAAGCAGUGUUUGACAGAACAUGAGACAUCCCGAAAAUCAGAGAACCGUUUGGGCUUCUCCGUUUAGCUCUACGAACCCCACAAGUGUCAUAGGACUCCUCUGAAGGUAACCAGGUACCGGUACAAAAACAAUCAAUAAAUGGAAGUAUGGAGGUAGUUUUGUUAAAUAUGUCCAAAAAACUACAAUAUUUCCUGGUCUUAUAUCUCCUAGAUAUACAGAACCAAACGUUUGGACACACCUACUCAUUCAAUGAUGUUUUAUUUUUUAAACUGUUUUCUACAUUGUAGAAUAAUAGUGAUGUCAACUAUGAAACAACACAUGGAAUCAUGGAGUAACCAAGAAAGUGUUAAACAAAUCAAAAUAUAUUUUACAUUUGAGAUUCUUCAAAGUAGCCACCCUUUGCCUUGAUGACAGCUUUGCACACUCUUGGCAUUCUCUCAACCAGCUUCACCUGGAAUGCUUUUCCAACAUUCUUGAAGGAGUUCCCACAUAUGCUGAGCACUUGUUGGCUGCUUUUCCGUCACUCUGCGAUCCAACUCAUCCCAAACCAUCUCAAUUGGGAUGAGGUCAGGUGAUUGCGGAGGCCAGGUCAUCUGAUGCAGCACUUCAUCACUCUCCUUCAUCAAAUUGCCCUUACCCAGCCUGGAGGUGUGUUGGGUCAUUGUCCUGUUGAAAAAUCAAUGAUAGUCCCACUAAGUCCAAACCAGAUGGGAUGGCGUAUCGCUGCAGAAUUCUGUGGUAGCCAUGCUGGUUAAGUGUGCCUUAAAUAAAUCACAGACAGUGUCACCAGCAUUUCAGUUGAAUACAUUCAGUGGGACAACUGACUAGGUAUCCCCCUUUCCCAAAGCACCCCUACACCAUCACACCACCUCCUCCUCCAUGCUUCGCGGUGGGAACCACACAUGCAGAGAUCAUCCUUUCACCUACUCUGCAUCUCACAAAGACACGGUUGGAACCAAAGAUCUCAAAUUUGGACUCACCAGAUCAAAAGGACAGAUUUCCACCGGUCUAAUGUCCAUUGCUUAUGUUUCUUGGCCCAAGCAAGUCUUCUUCUUAUUGGUGUCAUUUAGUAGUGGUUUCUUUGCAGCAAUUCAACCAUGAAGGCCUGAUUCACACAAUCUCCUCUGAACAGUUGAUGUUGAGAUGUGUCUGUUACUUGAAUUCUGUGAAGCAUUUAUUUGGGCUGCAAUCUGAAGUGAGGUUACCUCUUUGCUUCUUGCCAUAAUGUAGACUUGGUCUUUUACCAAAUAGGGCCAACUUCUGUAUACCACCCCUACCUUGUCACAACACAACUGAUUGGCUCAAACGCAUUAAGAAGGAAAGAAACUUUACAAAUUAACAAGGCACACCUGUUAAUUGAAAAGCAUUCCAGGUGACUACCUCAUGAAGCUGGUUGAGAGAAUGCCAAGAGUGUGCAAAGCUGCCAUCAAGGCAAAUACAUUUUGAUUUAUUUAACACUUUUUUGGUUACUGCAUGUUUCCAUAUGUGUUAUUUCAUAGUUUUGACGUCUUCACUAUUAUUCUACAAUGUAGAAAAUAGUAAAAAUAAAGAAAAGCCCUGGAAUGAGUGGGUGUGUCCAGACUGUUGACUGGUACUGUAGGACAGACACUUCAAAAACCUUGUUUCGUAUCAUUUCUUGUUUUGCCAUUGCUGAAUAUGUUAUUCAAUGUGUUUCUAUAGGUCAUUAGUAGUAAUAAUAAAUAUUAAAGGCCAAAUUCAAUAUUUGAAAUGGCUCCAUACGGAACACAGUUACUUACUCUACACAUCACAGCAGCGUGUCUGUUCUAUAUCCUAUAAUUCUAUGUUGUGUUGAUGUUCUCAGUACUCUAGUCUGAGUGAUAGAGGGGUCAGGAGACAGGGAGGAGGGGUCUGGAGACAGGGAGGAGGGGUCUGGAGACAGGGAGGAGGGGUCAGGUCUGUAGAUUAAGGAAUCAUUUCAGAUCAACUAAUUUCUGUCCUGUUGAUCCUCCGAAACACACUCUGCCUGCGUAUGUGUGUCCACUCCAGUGCUGUUGGUAGUAAAGUAUCUCAGUGUGUAUUAUAGAAGUGGUCGUAAAGCCGUCUGUAGUGCUUCAGUAUUAUAAUAACUCUGUUGGAAAUGGACCAAUCACAUGUGAUCUGACCCUGGUUGUUGUUUUUAAAGGUGUAGCACCUCAAUGUGCCCAUUACUUACAGAGGUCCUUCCAUUGUUCUCCUCUCUGAAUGUCUGACUGCUGUCAGAUCACCUCACUGAAAUAAAGCAGAACAUUUUUCAUGA